UUGUAUUUCAAGCCAUACUUAGUGAAGAUAAAUCUGAAAAUUUGAAAAGAGAGUGUAAUAUGGUACAACUGGAAGCCGUAUGGUAGCAACAACAUGUCGCUUGUCUGGAAUCCUUCGAAGAAAAACAGUGAACAUGAGAGAUGGAUAUGUAUCUAUCCAAUAUAUUUAAACAACAAGAGAAGCUUGGCAGAUGGGCGAAAGCUGGCCAAGGAUAAGUGUGUAGAAAAUCCAACGCAUCAGGAAAUACGGGAUGUCUUGUUGGCAGCGGGUCUCAAUGUAGGCGUUGAGAAUAAGCUGCAUCCGAAAGAACGUAGCAAGGAACCUCUGUUCCGGGGUCGUAUUCGCGUGCAGCUAAAAAACGACGAUGGCACACCGAUAAAAUCCGAAUUUCCCACCAGAGAUUCCCUGCUGGAGUAUGUUGGUACCUCAAUUUCAAAAUUGAAGACUCGUCAGGGUAAGCAGAGCUCUAGCGAGCAAGCAUCACAGCCAUCUACGUCGACUUCAAAGAAAGGGAAAGGCAAAGGAAGGAGAUAAAGAAGAGGAGAUGGAACUGUUAAGAAUUCUAUGCUUUAUCACAUCAUAUAUAAGACAAAAAUUGAAAUAAUGCUGUAAAUGAAGGAUGGAUUUUUGAAAUGGUUUUCACAAACAAUUACUUUGUGAACUUUAUUCA